GUGCAGCACACAGUAGGGAAGUAAAGGCACUUCCUUCUUCCUACCACACUGGUUGCACUCUAACCAGUCAUUUCAAUAGGAAGUCUAAUAAUCGUGGCUAUGGGGAUCCAGAAGCUCGUCAGCGGCUGUUUCAACUGACUUCUCUGCUUUCUCUGCUUUCUCUCUCUCUCUCUCUCUCUCUCUCUUUCUCUCUGGCGUUCAAACAGCGGACGGCCAAUGUCACCGAGUUUAAUGUGGAAAACCACUGAGUUGUAGUGCGUUCAAGUGCUCGGAGCCCUUUCUGCCACAAUGGCUGCGACGUAGCGCAACUUUUUGGGUCCACGGUGGAUGAACGACCGCGCUCCGAAGGCGCCACAAACUUUUACCGACUUGCUGGAGACGCCGAGGAGGAGAAACCAUGAAGAAACAGUUCAACCGCAUGAAGCAGCUCGCCAACCAGACUGUCGGGAGGGCUGAGAAAACUGAGGUGCUGAGUGAUGACCUCCUACAGAUCGAGAGGCGGAUGGAGUUGGUGCGUUUGGUGUCGCACAACACCCAUAAGAGGCUGGUGUCCUGCCUGCAGGGUCAACUGGGCACAGACACAGAGAAGAGACAUAAAAAGUUGCCCCUAACAACGCUCUCCCAGGCCAUGCAGGAGGGUGGCAGCCAGCUGGGAGACGAGAGUCUGAUUGGCAAGAUGAUGGAUGUAUGUGGGGAGGCAGAGAGCAGGUUAGCAACUGAACUGAUGCAGCACGAAGUCCAGAUUGAGAGAGACAUCCUGGAUCCUCUCAACCAGCUGGCAGAGAUAGAUAUUCCCAAUAUACUUAAACAGAGAAAACAACUCGCCAAACUGGUUCUGGACUUUGACUCGGCCAAGACGAGGUACUACCAGGCGGCAAAGUCCAACAACCAGGCUAUGGCAGCUAAAGCCGAUUCGCUCAAAGACGAGAUGGACGAGGCUCUCAACAAAGUAGAAAUAUGCAAGGACCAGCUCUCUGCAGACUUGUACAACUUUGCUUCCAAAGAGGGAGAUUACGCACGCUAUUAUGUCAUGUUAUUAGAGGCCCAGGCCGACUACCACAGAAGGUCUUUGGCAGCUCUGGAGGCAGCUAUACCAACUAUUCAGAUACAGCAAGACUCCUGGAUGGAGAAGCCAGCGUUUGGCACGGCUCUGGAGGAGCACUUGAAGAGGAGUAACCGUGAGAUCGCUCUGCCCAUCGAGGCCUGCGUCAUGAUGCUGCUAGAGACCGGCAUGAAGGAGGAGGGUCUCUUCAGAAUAGCUGCCGGAGCUUCAAAACUCAAGAAGCUAAAAGCGGCACUAGACUGCUCCACCUCGCAGCUCGAGGAGUUCUACUCUGAUCCCCACGCCGUCGCUGGAGCCCUGAAGUCCUACCUCAGGGAACUUCCUGAACCUUUAAUGACUUUUGGCCUGUACGACGAGUGGCUACAGGCCUCCAAUGUUCCUGACUCUGACAAGAGGCUUCAGUCUUUGUGGGUGACAUGUGACCGUUUGCCAAAGACUCACAAGGCAAACCUCAGGUAUCUGGUGAAGUUUCUGGCUAAACUGGCCCAGGACAGUGAGGCUAAUAAGAUGACUCCCAGCAACAUCGCCAUAGUCCUGGGGCCCAACCUGCUCUGGGCAAAGACUGAGGGGACGCUGGCAGAGAUGGCAGCAGCUACAUCUGUCCAUGUGGUCGCCAUCAUUGAGCCUAUUAUCCAGCACGCUGAUUGGUUCUUCCCAGAAGAGGUGGACUUCAAUGUUUCGGGCAUGUUCGCCAUGCCCACCCACCCAGCCACCCCAGACCCUGAACCCAGCCUGGAGCGGAAACGACCCGGCAGCCUGGUGGGGCAAGACGGGGACAGUCACACGCCCCGUAAAGACAGCACUGUUAACAAACAGCCGGAGCCUGCUCCACGUAAAGCCAGCACUGUUAAUAGAAAGCAGCCACAGCUAACCUCACCCACCUUCCAACCCCCACUGCCCCCUCUGGAAGCCGGGGUUCCUCCCCAACCUGAGCCCCAGCCCCAGGUUCCGUCCCCGGCUACAGAGGCGGAGCAGCCUGGCCUGAGUGGUGGUGGUGGUGGUGCUGGUGGUGGUGUUCUGGGUGGUGGGGUCCAAGUAGCCACAGUGAAACCUCAGGUUGUAACCCAGCUCAGCGCAGAAGAGAGCAGCCCAGCCCGUGAGCUCAUGUCCACCCCUCCUCCCCAGAGGAAUGGUUCGCUCCAUCUUACAGUAGGAACCCCCCACUCUCAGGGUGGAUCCAGGGGGCCUAGUCCACACAUGGUUCGCAGAGGCACCAAGAAGCAGGCCCCAGCCCCACCCAAACAGGCCAGCCCCUUUGCCUCCCAGCUUAGUAACACCCAGACACCCAGCUCCCCUCACCACCCACCCAUCACUCCCCGACGCCACCCCAGCAAAGACAGCCUGAUCCACGCCCCGAGCCACCCGCCCCCGCAGCCUCCUCAAGCCCACCAGCCCCAGGCGGAGUCGGAGCCCUCUCCCCCAAGCACUCCAACCCCUCCCGACACUCCGCCUCAUGAUGGAUUGCAGUCCAACCCGCUAUCUUUCUACCACUCUGGGUCCCUCCCUCGCCCCUCCAGGCCGGCUCCCAGGCCACGGCCCCGACCCAGCAUGCCGCCCCCCCCACAACCCGCAGCAAAUGACAACGAUGUCUGAGCUGCUGGCCUGCCUGUAAGAUGAGCUUUGCAAGGCAGGUACUGGUAAGGAUCUGAUUGGCUGAUGCUUCUGUGUCCACUGCAUGUGUGUGUCUCUGUGUGGGGAAACAAAGAAUGCAGGCAUUUGCUCCUUUUUUAGUGUGUCAUUGUUGGCUGUUUGCAUACUGUAUACAUAUGUAUUUAUGUAUAUUAGUAUGCUUCUGUCCUGCACUUUAACCCUUCUGUACAACACAACUAACAUGCUUUUGACUGCCACACCAUCCCCCCCAAUGCUGCUAACAGUUUUCUGUGAUCACUAACAUGCCCCUAAACAUACUAAACAGAAUUUAAACAGACAGGAUGCUGUUAUUCUGUAUGUGCACUUUGAACAUAUAUGUAGGAAAUGUUUCACAUUUAAAGAUUAACACACCAAGGAUACUCUCCAGCAACUUCCUCCAUCUCUAAAAGUCUUACUUAACUGGUUCAAUAUUAUGCAACAUUGACUAGAUUUAAAAGAAAGAUAAAUCCUUGGUGUCUUACUGAGUGUGUAAAGGUCUUGUGUGUGUGUGCUCCCCCAGUUUGAAACUGUGUGUUGCCGUCAUAAGUUUGGUUUGUUGCUUGAGCUUCAAUACAUUGAAGUUCAAUACAUGUCUAAACUGAUCUAUUUGCUGAUCCCUGACUGUCCUGCACAGACGGAGGCCUGCUCCUAAAGGGGGUUGGACGAGCCCUUAUCCCUGAGGUGAUUGUGGACCAAGAAGAGGAGUGCUCUGCUGGUCAAGAGCCUGCCGCCGCCGCCACCACCCUAGCCCCGCACCUAGACCCUCAAAUCCAGACAG